AUAUGCUAAACCAGACUCUCUUCCCAGACUCGGUCCAGGAGAAGCGCUCUCGGCCAGCGAAUUGCCUCCGAAGCCCUGAACCACGAUAGCAAACCGGCCAGCCUACCUUCCGAUCUUUGAUUGAACUUAAGACUUGUCUCCAAAGAGAACUUCACAUCCUCAAUGGCAAAGUUCUCAAACUGCCAUCCGAUCGUUUUCUUCUUCUUUGUGUGCCUGGACCACCUGAUCCUUGCCCAGGAUCAACGGGAUUCCCAACCCAGCACUGAGCCUUCUAUUCAGGUCCGGUUGGCAGGAGACAAGAGGAAGCACAACGAAGGGCGAGCGGAAGUCUACUAUAACAACCAGUGGGGCACCAUUUGUGAUGAUGAUUUCUCCAUCCACUCAGCCAAUGUGUUCUGCAGGCAACUGGGCUAUGUGGAAGCCACAUCCUGGUACCCUGGCUCCAAAUUUGGCAAAGGAGAAGGCCCCAUCUGGUUGGACAACCUCUACUGCACCGGCAGAGAGUCAUCGAUAGCUCAGUGUACCUCCAACGGAUGGGGUGUGUCAGACUGCAAACACACCGAGGACGUGAGUGUCGUCUGCAGUGAAAAGAGGAUCCCGGGCUUCAAGUUUGAGGACCCUCUGCUCAAUCAAAUAGAGAACACAAACAUCAAAGUAGAAGAUGUCCGAAUACGGGCCGUCUUUUCAGCGUCUCGCAAACGCAUCCCUGUAACGGAGGGUUACGUGGAGGUCAAAGAAGGGGGUACUUGGAAACAGAUCUGCGACAAAAACUGGACCAACAAAAAUUCCCGUGUUGUCUGCGGCAUGUUCGGCUUUCCGGCAGAGAAGAAAUACAACGUCAGAGCCUACAAGACAUCAGCAAGCAGAAGAAAUCAUAAAUACUGGGCUUAUUCUGUGAAUUGCAAAGGCACUGAGUCACAUCUCUUUAGCUGCAAAAUGGGUGAUCGGAUCAUGACAUUCGGUGGGAACAUUACCUGUGAGAAUGGGAUGCCUGCAGUGGUAAGCUGCAGCCCUGGACUAGCGUUUACCCCAGGCAGCCACAGUGGCUUCGGCAAAGCUUUCCGUGCUCAGCACCUUCUGGUGAGGCUAAAGGGUGGAGCCCAGAUUGGAGAAGGCCGGCUUGAAGUGUUGAUGAAUGGAGAAUGGGGAACCAUUUGUGAUGACGGGUGGGACCUACCUUCAGCCAGUGUGGCCUGCCGAGAAUUGGGCUUUGGAACCGCCAAGGAGGCUAUCUUGGGUGCGAGACUUGGACAAGGCAUUGGCCCUAUCCAUCUCAAUGAAGUGGACUGCACAGGCUUUGAAAAGUCUAUUACAGACUGUAAAUUCAGCAAGGAGAUCAGGAGCUGCACCCAUGAAGAAGAUGCUGGUGUGAAAUGCAACAUCCCAGCAAUGGGCUUCCAAAACCAGGUACGCUUGAGUGGUGGCCGCACACCUUACGAAGGCCGGGUGGAAGUUCUCCAGGAACGCAAUGGCACCUUCAUAUGGGGGUCCAUCUGCGGCGAAGGAUGGAAUAUAAUGGACGCCAUGGUGGUUUGUCGCCAGCUGAAUCUUGGCUAUGCUAACCAUGCAUUCCAGGAGACCUGGUAUUGGUAUGGUGACACUGGUGCAGACAACGUGGUCAUGAGUGGGAUGAAAUGCUCCGGGACAGAAAUGGCUUUGUUCCAUUGCCCACAUGAUGCCAAGAUCUCCUGUCCCAAGGGAGGCGGACGCCAUGCAGCUGGUGUUUCCUGUACAGAAACUGCGGCUGAUCUCGUCCUCAACGCCAAGGAAGUAGAACAGACAUCCUACCUGGAGGAUCGCCCCAUGCAUGUGCUGCAGUGCGCCAUGGAGGAGAAUUGCCUGGCCUCCUCUGCGGUCAACACCUCGGUGACCUCCGGUUACAGGAGACUCUUCCGCUUCUCCUCCCAGAUCCAUAAUAACGGGCAGGCUGACUUCCGUCCCAAAACGGGCCGCCACGCUUGGAUCUGGCACGAAUGCCACAGGCAUUACCACAGCAUGGAAGUCUUUGCCCACUACGAUCUGUUGGAUAGCAACUGGACUCAAGUUGCCGAAGGCCACAAAGCCAGCUUUUGCCUGGAGGACAGUGACUGCAUAGACGGAGUCCAGAAGCAGUACGAGUGUGCAAACUUUGGGGAGCAAGGGAUCUCUGUCGGAUGCUAUGACGUGUAUCGGCAUGAUAUUGAUUGCCAGUGGAUUGACGUUACUGAUCUCAAACCAGGAGACUACAUCUUCCGGAUCAUUGUUAAUCCGAACUUUGAAGUGGCAGAGUCUGAUUAUUCCAACAAUGUGAUGCUAUGUAACGUCAGGUAUGGGCCACAACGCGUAUGGGUAUUCAACUGCCAUAUAGCCAACUCUUACUACGAACCAGACCAAAAAGAAUAUUUCAAUGGACUUUGGAACAAUCAGGUGUUUUAACUUUAGACCCUCUGU